AUGCUCGUCCCGUCCCCCUCCCGUCGCCUUCACAUCCCCAUCCCGUCGCCUUCACUCCCCCCUCCCGUCGCUCUUCCCUUUUCCCUCGCGUCACCCUUCCCUUUUCCCGGACCGUCGCGCUUCCCUUUUCCCUCGAGUCGCUCUUCCCUUUUCCCUCUCGUCGCCUUCCCUUUUCCCUCCCGUCGCCUUCCCUUUUCCCUCCCGUCGCCUACCCAUUUCCCUCUCGUCGCCUUCCCUUUUCCCUCCCGUCGCCUUCCCUUUUCCCUCCCGUCGCCUUCCCUUUCCCCCCCCGUCGCCUUCCCUUUCCCCUCCCGUCGCCUUCCCUUUUCCCUCCCGUCGCCUUCCCUUUGCCCUCCCGUCGCCUUCCCUUUUCCCUCCCGUCGCCUUCCCUUUUCCCUCCCGUCGCCUUCUUUUUUCCCUCCCGUCGCCUUCCCUUUUCCCUCCCGUCGCCUUCCCUUUUCCCUCCCAUCGUCUUCACCGAACUCUCCCGUCGCCUUCACUUCCCUCUCCCAUCGCCCUCGCUCCCCCCUCCCAUCGCCCUGCUCAUUCUCCAGUCGCCCUCUCUUCCCCGGCUCACCCUGUUUCCCCAGCUCCCACGCUAGCCCCCGGCUCUCUCUGUCUGUCUCCCCUGCUCAUUCUCUUCGCCGUCUCCCCCCCAUUCCCCCACAACCUCUUCCUCAAGUUGUUGGUUGGUUCAUUUGCGCUAACGCUUCCCUCUCCGACGCUACCGUGACCCUGCACCCGACGCCACCCCGCCAUUUCUCCACGCUCAUCCUCCCUUUCCCUCACUACCACCCGCCCAAUCCCCCACUCCCCCGCGUCCUUUCCGCCACUCCCCCCCGCCCUAUCCCCCACUCGCACCCGUCCAUUCCCCCACUGCCCCGUUCCGUUUCCCCCACGCUAAUCCUCCGUUCCCCUGUGCCACCCUUCCAUCUCCCCCACGCCAACUCUCUCUCCUGCGCCAACGUUAAUGGUGCCAACCCGUUCCUCCACGCCAACUCUCCCUUGCCCUCUCGUCAACCAUCCCUUUCACCACGUCGUUGCUCUACACUUCCCCCUCCUGUCGCCUUCACUCCCAUUCUCACUCUCUCCCCCCCUGCUCACGGGAUUCCGAGCCCUCACUCCCAUUCCCCCUGCUCACGGGAUUCCGAGCCCUCACUCCCAUUCCCCCUGCUCACGGGAUUCCGAGCCCUCACUCCCAUUCCCCCUGCUCACGGGAUUCCGAGCCCUCACUCCCAUUCCCCCUGCUCACGGGAUUCCGAGCCCUCACUCCCAUUCCCCCUGCUCACGGGAUUCCGAGCCCUCACUCCCAUUCCCCCUGCUCACGGGAUUCCGAGCCCUCACUCCCAUUCCCCCUGCUCACGGGAUUCCGAGCCCUCACUCCCAUUCCCCCUGCUCACGGGAUUCCGAGCCCUCACUCCCAUUCCCCCUGCCCACGGGAUUCCGAGCCCUCACUCCCAUUCCCCCUGCUCACGGGAUUCCGAGCCCUCACUCCCAUUCCCCCUGCUCACGGGAUUCCGAGCCCUCACUCCCAUUCCCCCUGCUCACGGGAUUCCGAGCCCUCACUCCCAUUCCCCCUGCUCACGGGAUUCCGAGCCCUCACUCCCAUUCCCCCUGCUCACGGGAUUCCGAGCCCUCACUCCCAUUCCCCCUGCUCACGGGAUUCCGAGCCCUCACUCCCAUUCCCCCUGCUCACGGGAUUCCGAGCCCUCACUCCCAUUCCCCCUGCUCACGGGAUUCCGAGCCCUCACUCCCAUUCCCCCUGCUCACGGGAUUCCGAGCCCUCACUCCCAUUCCCCCUGCUCACGGGAUUCCGAGCCCUCACUCCCAUUCCCCCUGCUCACGGGAUUCCGAGCCCUCACUCCCAUUCCCCCUGCUCACGGGAUUCCGAGCCCUCACUCCCAUUCCCCCUGCUCACGGGAUUCCGAGCCCUCACUCCCAUUCCCCCUGCUCACGGGAUUCCGAGCCCUCACUCCCAUUCCCCCUGCUCACGGGAUUCCGAGCCCUCACUCCCAUUCCCCCUGCUCACGGGAUUCCGAGCCCUCACUCCCAUUCCCCCUGCUCACGGGAUUCCGAGCCCUCACUCCCAUUCCCCCUGCUCACGGGAUUCCGAGCCCUCACUCCCAUUCCCCCUGCUCACGGGAUUCCGAGCCCUCACUCCCAUUCCCCCUGCUCACGGGAUUCCGAGCCCUCACUCCCAUUCCCCCUGCUCACGGGAUUCCGAGCCCUCAUUCCCAUUCCCCCUGCUCACUCUCUUUCCCCCCCGUCUCACCCAUUUUCCCCCUCCUGGGACUAUUUCCCCCACUUUCUCGGCCUAAUAUUGCCCUGCACACUCCCUUGCUCCUUGCUCACACUCUCCCCUUCUGCUCACACCCUUUUCCCCUGUACUUGGGGGAUCUCACCCCCCUCUUCACUCUCCAUUCCCAUUCCCCUUCGCUCACCCCUUUCCCACCUCCAACUCCUCUCAUUUUCCCUUUGCGCACUCCCUUCUCCACCCUGCUCUCUCUGUUUCCCCUUUUGCUAAUCCCUCUGCCUCGUCCACUCCUCCCAUGCAUGCCCUUCGUUACCUCCACCUCCACCCCUUGCUCAUUCUGUCAUACGUUCUCCCCUAUUGGUUCCCUUCGCUUGCCACCAUUCCGUUCCCUUCACCUGCCUUCAACUCCCAUCUGCUCUCCCUCGAAUACACCUCCUCCUUUUCCUCCUCGGUUCAGUAAGGGCCUUACGUUCACUGUGCUACCCUGCGCCGCCCUCCUUUCUCAUAGCUACCCUGGUCAUUCUCCCAUCCCUGAUUCACUUGCGCUAACGCCUCCUGCACCGAUGCUCCCCUUUAUCCCACUCCCACCAUCUCUUUUCCACCCCCACCUCCCCCCCUUCUCCCGCAGUCGCUGGUGCACUUUGGCCGGCUACACCUCCCUAGCCAUCUUCACCCACCUCGACCUCUCCCACUCGCGCGGCGCCACACUUCCUCCUCCUCCGCACCUCACCACUCUCCACCGCACUCCACUCCUCCAGGCCCUCACACCCCGCCCUGCGGCUAGCAGUGGUUACAAGCAGCAGGAUCCAUCACACACCUCCACCUCUACCCUGCUCCUGUCUCUGACACCCAUGUGUUUCACCUCGCCAACUCCUGUCCCCACACGGUAUGCCAGCUCCUCCCCACUCUCUACCGCACUCUACUCCCCUUUCACGCACUCACAACCCGCCCUGCGACCUGAAGUGCUCACUUUGUUUCCGCGCACGCUACCAACCCCUGCCCCAUUACCCUCUCUCUCGCUCCCAUUUCCUUCCCCGACAAACACCCGCCCCAGCCCCAUCUCCCCCGCGUCCAGUCCCCCACUGCCUCCAACCUUACCCCCACUCCCCCAUGCCCAUUCCCUCACCCCCCUCGUUCUUUCCCCGACUCCCCCCCGUGUCCUUAGGAACACUGCCACCCGUCCAUUCCCCCAUUCCUCCCCGUCCAAUACCCCACUCACUCCGUACCUUUCCCACACAAUAACCCGCCCUUUCCCCAACGCCAACGCUCAGCUUCCCCCACUUACACCCUCCCUUUCACCCGCACAUACCCACUCCCCUCCCCCACUCCACCUCGUCCUUCCUUCCGUCCAAUCCCCAUCUACUCCCCAUCCACCCUCCUAUGCUACCCUGGGCAUCCUCUAUUCCCCCUAUCAACACAUGACAUCCUCUCUCCCCCCUGCUACCCAUGUCAUCCUCUAUGCCCCUAUCAACACAUGA